UCAGAUCUGUUUUCGCGCUCGCUGCGGACACGGCGAACCGCUACCGAUCCGCCGCUCCGAAAGAAAACCUGCCGUCGAGACUCGCGGCGUGCUCGGCUACCGUCUCUCGCCGAUUCGAUAUUCGACUCGAUCGCGCCAUCGCGCAGUCGCGUCAACGCAGCUUACCCCGUGCGCCGCGGCGGAGCGCACGACCGACGACCAGGUGCUCGCAGGGCUCGCCCCUUCCGGACAGGCGCACGGGAGUCCCGCUGGGUGCAGGACCGGCCGCCAGGUAGCGCGCGGCGGCAGUCAGCUGACGCGUUCGGCGGAGAGGGACGAGCGCCCAGUCUCGGCCCUGAGCUCGGCCCCUGAGGAGCGACUGCAGGCCGAGCGCGCCAGGACGGAGGGAAGCCCCCUGUCGGGCGCCGACCGCCAGCGUUCCGCCGGGGCCCCGCUCGGUCCAUCCAGCGACCGACUGUACCGGUCCGGACCGGACGAACCGCUACCUCCACUGCCGCCCCCACCACCGUCGCUUCUACCGCCGAGUUCACCCGCCGGCCGAUAAAAUGAAUGAGAACGAUAAGUCAGUCGAGAGCAGGAACGCUGCCGAGGAGGAGGACGACAUGUUCGAACGCGAUCUCGCCGAGGACGCUCAAUGGAAGAGGAUACAGCAGAACACCUUCACCAGGUGGGCGAACGAGCACCUGAAAAUCGUUAACAAACACAUCGGCGACCUCGAGAGCGAUCUGUCCGACGGGCUCAGGCUGGUCAGCCUGAUCGAGGUCCUCUCCCAGCAACGACUGCCUAAAUACAACAAACGCCCGACCUUCCGCUCGCAGAAGCUCGAAAAUGUCUCCGUGGCUCUUAAGUUCCUCGACGACGAGGGCAUUCGCAUCGUCAACAUCGACUCUUCGGACAUCGUGGAUUGCAAGUUGAAAUUGAUCUUGGGCUUGAUAUGGCGACUGAUCUUGCACUACUCCAUCUCGAUGCCCAUGUGGGAAGGAGAGGACGGGGAUGGACCGGACAAGGGAACGACCCCGAAACAGAGGUUGAUGCAUUGGAUCCAAUCGAAGGUCCCGGAUUUGCCCAUCACGAAUUUCACGUCCGAUUGGAACGAUGGUCGAGCCGUUGGAGCCCUGGUCGACGCCGUUGCUCCGGGUCUCUGCCCUGACUGGCAGGAUUGGAAUCCUAAAGAUGCCGUCCAGAAUGCUUCCGAAGCCAUGGGGUUGGCCGACGACUGGCUCAACAUACCCCAGCUUAUCAAACCGGAAGAAAUGGUCAAUCCGAACAUCGACGAGAUGUCGAUGAUGACGUACCUGUCGCAGUAUCCCAAUGCCAAGCUGAAGCAAGGGGCACCAUUACGUGCGCGCACCAAUCCUAACAGCGUGCCUCCACCGCGAGUUCGAGCUUACGGACCAGGAAUCGAGCCUACGGGGCCGAUCGUGGAUGCUCCUGCAAUUUUCACCGUUGAGACCUUCUCCGCUGGGAAAGGAAACGUCGAAGUCACCGUUGAAGAUCCUAAGGGCAAUAAAAUACCGGUCGAUAUUCGAUUCAACAAGGAUAGAAACUUAACGUAUUCAGUUUCUUACACACCCAAGGGCGAGGGACCGCACAAGAUUAAGAUUUUAUUUGCCGGAAGAGAGAUCCCGAAGAGCCCAUACACCGUACACGUCGAAGGUCAUGCAGGUGAUCCCUCUAAGGUCACUGCAAGUGGUCCCGGUCUUCAAAAAGAUAGCGUCGUGGUCAACAGGCCAACUUUCUUUGACAUUUUUACGAAGGAUGCUGGAAGAGGCGUUCCCGAAGUUAUUAUCCUUGAUCCUCAGAAUUCAAAGACUACGGUUCCUGUGAAACUGCGACCGACGUCGCAAGAUAUAUGGAGAUGCGAAUACGUCUCUCCUGUGACGGGACUGCAUUCCGUAAACAUCUUCUUUGCUGGAAAACUUAUUCCCGAUAGUCCUGUCGGUGUGAACGUUGCCCCCGUUUCGGAUGCAAAGAAAUGUAGAGCUUACGGCCGUGGUCUCUUGCCAACUGGCGUUCGUGUCAAGGACGAUGCCGACUUCGUGAUCGUUACAAAGGACGCCGGAGAAGGAGUGCCUGAAGUUAAGGUCAUCGGACCGGGCGGUGUUAAAUUACCAGUCCAACUGGUUAAGGUUGACGCGAACACUUACAAGAGUUACUAUACACCGGUUAAGGAAGGGCGUCACGUGGUCAUGGUGACGUUUGGUGGAAAAGAAAUUCCUAAGUCUCCGUUCGAGGUCAACGUCGGUCCGUAUAAGGAAUCGUUAAUUCGAGUUUUUGGACCGGGUUUGCACGGUGGUAUCGUCGGUCAUCCCGCAAAGUUUACCGUGGAUACGAAUGGAGAGACUGGUGCACUUGGCUUUUCCAUCGAAGGGCCUUCUAAGGCAAAGAUAGACUGCAAUGACAACGGUGAUGGAACUGCCGAUGUUUUCUACUUGCCCACUGCACCCGGACAGUACGCUGUUCACGUCCUAUGUGACAACGAAGAUAUCCCAAAAUCGCCUUACAUCGCAAAUAUACUUCCUAAAGCAGAUUAUGAUCCUGACAAGGUUGAAGUUCAUGGACCGGGAAUUCAACCAGAAGGUGUAUCGCGAGAUAAGCCAACGCAUUUUACGGUAGACGUAAGAAAAGCUGGACAAGCACCAUUGGAAGUUCUUGUUCAGGAUGCCCUCGGUAGAGCCGUUCCUGUUAGACUAGAUGACAAUCAAGACGGCACGGUGCAGGUUCAUUACACCCCCACUUCGGGUUCUCAACACAUCAUCCUAGUAAAUUAUGGGGCGGUAGCGACGAAAAAAUCUCCUUACAGAGUCAAAGUCGCGUCGCCAUUGAAUCCCGCAAUGGUAUCGGCAUUUGGUCCUGGUCUUGAGAAGGGAGUUAAAUCUAACACUCCGACGCAUUUUAACGUGGACUGCCGAGAAGCUGGACCCGGUGAACUGGAUGUCACUAUUAAUAAUAACGAAGGUCGAGACCUCCCCAUAUCCGUUGCCGAUAACGAGGAUGGAACGUAUACGGUAGAUUAUGUAGCACCUCAGCCUGGGAAUUACACGGUGAACUUAAAGUAUGGCGGCCUCAAGGUUCCUCAGUGUCCGCUCAAGGUGAACGUUCAACCACACGUCGACGUCUCGAAGAUCAAAGUCGACGGACUUGAACCUACCGCGCCGGUGAACAGCCUGCAGCAAUUCCGCGUGAUAACGCAGGACGCCGGGAAGGCGGACUUCCAAGUGGCGAUCACCACGCCUUCCGGGAACCGCGUGAAGGCGCACAUCAUUCCGACGCACGAGGGCUUCCUGGUGAACUUCACGCCGACGGAGCUGGGGGAGUACCUCCUGGGCAUCAGUUUUGGCGGAGAACCGAUCUCCUCUAUGCCUUACCGGCUGACCUGCGUUCACGGCAGCGAUCCUGGCAAAGUCAGAGCAUUCGGCCCCGGGCUUUCUCGCGGCCUGGUGAACAAACCUGCGGAAUUCGUCAUCGACACUCGUGGAGCCGGCCAGGGCGGUCUCGGAGUCACCGUCGAGGGGCCUUGCGAAGCUGCCAUUAACUGCCGAGACAAUGGCGAUGGCACCUGCUCGGUCGCUUAUCUGCCCACCGAGGCGGGGGACUACGGUAUCAACAUUACCUUCAACGACCAGCACAUUCCCGGAUCGCCCUUUCAGGCCAUCAUCCUGCCCGAGGCCGACCUCUCCAAGAUCAAGAUGUCCGGAAAUGGCAUUCAGCCCCACGGCCUCUACAUCGAUUGUCUUACGGAGUUCACCGUUGAUACCAGGGCCAUCGCUAAAACCAAAGGAGAGGAUGGAAAAAUCUCGUGUACAAUUACUAAUCCUAGUGGUGGGAAAACUGAAAAGACAAUUACCCCUCAAGCCGAUGGAACUUAUAGAGUUAGCUACACUCCAUUCGAGGAAGGUCGACAUACUAUAGAUAUUUUGUACGACAAUUUACCGGUACCGGGCUCACCGUUCUCGGUCAACGUUAAACGUGGAUGUGACCCUAGUAAAUGUCGAGCUUAUGGGCCGGGCCUUGAAAAAGGAUACGUCAAUCAGCCGAAUAAAUUCAUGGUAGAAACUAAAGGAGCUGGAAAUGGUGGUCUGGGUUUAGCGAUUGAAGGUACGAGCGAAGCAAAAAUAACAUGCGAAGACAACUGCAAUGGCUCCUGCACCGUAGAAUACGUACCACCCGAGGCCGGUGAUUACGACGUGAGCAUAAAAUUCGCCGAUCAGCAUAUUCCGGGGUCGCCGUUUAAGGUCCAAGUAAAAGAUGAAUCAAAUGCCACUGACGUAACGGCAUACGGUCCCGGUCUUGAACCGGAAAAGGUUCGGGAAGGAAUCCCGGCGAAGUUCAUGGUGGAUACGUCGAAGGCCGAAUCCGCUCAGCUGGACGUGAAGCUAAAGACCGACAAGGGUCAAGUCCAAAAACCAGAAAUAAAAAAUCGAGGUGAUGGAAUAUACGAAGUCACCUAUCAGCCGCCACCAGCGGGCAGCAACCUCCAGAUUGGCGUUAUCUUUGGUGGUCGAGACAUCGACAGAAGCCCAUUCAAAAUCAAAGUCAACCCAACCGUUGAACCAAACAAGGUCGUUCUUUCCGGACCUGGAGUUGCACCCAAAUGUACCGCCUCUUUCCCUACCGACUUCAUAGUCGAUACGUCGAAGGCUGGAUACGGUGACCUUGAAGUUCAAGUUCUGGGUCCUGACCAAGUUCCGCGCAAGGUCGGUGUUCAAGAUAUCGGUGAUGGGAAAUUUAAAGCUACGUAUUUGCCGGAUGAUUGCGGUCGUUACAAAGUCAACGUCAAGUAUGGAGGCAAAGAAGUACCCGGAAGUCCAGUUAGCGUACAGAGCGUAUCUACGGGGAAGGCUGACCGGUGCAAAAUUAAGGAAGGCAUCCAACACACCUUGGCGCAAGGCGAAGAAUAUUGCAUUACCGUGGACACUGAAAAUGCAGGUCGCGGUGCAGUCACCUGUCGCAUCAGAUCGACAUCCGGGAGUGAGGUGGUCGACAUCGAUAUUGAGGACAAUGGCGAUGGGACGGUCAAUAUUUAUUACACCGUGGCCGAUGCAGGGGAGUACACUUUGAGCAUAAAGUUCGGCGGUCAACCAGUCCCAGAUGGCGUGUACACCUUUACCGCUUCCGAAGAGUACCGAGAAGUUAGCACUCAUAAGACUCAUCGCGACAAAAAAUCCCAGCAGCACGUCAUCGAACAGCACAGCACAAGUAUUCAAGAGAGUUCCAGCAUCACCACAAAACGCAGCGUUACAUCUCAACAAGACAACAGAAAGAAAUUCCACGACGUACGGAUCAACAACAUCCUCUUGCCAUCCACUGGCGGCCGAGUGACUUCCGAAGUAAAGAUGCCAAGUGGGAACAUUGACAAGCCUACUAUUGAAGAUAACCACGACGGGACGGUUUCCAUCAAAUAUGAGCCGAAAGAAGAAGGGCUGCACGAGGUGCACGUUAAGUUCAACGGCGAACACGUUCAAGGGUCACCGUUCAAGUUCCAUGUCGACUCUGUGGCCAGUGGGUAUGUAACGGCCUAUGGCCCUGGAUUGACUUAUGGUGUUUGUGGAGAACCAGGGAACUUCACCAUCUCCACGAAGGGUGCCGGUGCCGGUGGACUUUCCCUAGCCGUUGAAGGACCCAGCAAGGCAGAAAUAUCCUGCCACGACAACAAGGAUGGCACGGUUUCCGUAUCUUAUCUGCCAACUGCCCCAGGAGAAUACAAGAUCUCCGUGAAAUUCGGCGACAAGCACAUCAAAGGCAGUCCUUACGUUGCCAAAAUCACUGGCGAGGGUCGGAAAAGAAAUCAGAUAUCCGUGGGCUCGUCCAGCGAAGUCCAGCUUCCUGGGAAGGUAACAGACACGGAUAUAAAAACUCUAAACGCCUCGAUAACCGCGCCAAGUGGCCUGGAGGAGCCAUGCUUCCUGAAGAAGAUCCCCAGCGGCAACAUGUGCGUGUCCUUCACCCCUCGCGAGGCCGGAGAGCACGUAGUCGCGGUUAAGAGAAUGGGCAAGCAUAUUCCUAACUCGCCGUUCAAGAUCGACGUGAAGGAUCGCGAGGUAGGAGACGCAAAGAAAGUGAUAGUCUCUGGAAACGCGUUGAAGGAAGGGAAAACCCACGUGGAGAACUCGUUCUCCAUCGACACCAGAAACGCCGGUUUCGGCGGCCUCUCCUUGUCAAUGGAAGGUCCUAGCAAGGCCGAAAUUCAGUGCAAGGACAACGAGGACGGCACCCUGAAUAUUUCUUAUAAACCCACCGAACCCGGUUACUACAUAAUGAACUUGAAGUUCGCCGACCACCACGUGGAGGGUUCUCCCUUCACGGUCAAAGUGAGCGGAGAAGGUAGCAACCGACAGAGAGAGAAGAUUCAAAGGCAGAGGGAAGCCGUGCCCAUAACCGAGGUCGGCAGCCAAUGCAAAUUGACAUUCAAGAUGCCCGGAAUCACGUCCUUCGACCUCGCCGCUACCGUCACGUCACCCGGAGGCGUCACCGAAGACGCCGAGAUCAAAGAAGUCGAGGAUGGAUUGUACGCCGUUGCGUUCGUUCCCAAAGAGCUGGGCGUACACACCGUUUCGGUUCGCUACAAGGAGAUGCACAUACCAGGAUCUCCAUUCCAAUUUACCGUGGGACCGCUCAGGGACGGCGGGGCCCAUCGAGUACACGCAGGAGGUCCAGGACUCGAAAGAGGCGAACAGGGCGAACCGUGCGAGUUCAACAUCUGGACCAGAGAAGCUGGAGCUGGAUCGCUGGCCGUUUCCGUAGAAGGACCCAGCAAGGCUCAGAUCGACUUCAAGGACCGCAAGGAUGGAAGCUGCUACGUCAGCUACGUCGUCGGAGAACCCGGUGAAUACAGAGUGGGCAUCAAGUUCAACGACCAACACAUCCCGGAUUCUCCACAUAAAGUCUACAUCUCGCCCGCCAUGGGGGAUGCUCAUAAACUCGAGGUCGCUCAAUUCCCCGACAGUGGAGUACAACCGGACAAGCCGGCAACUUUCUUGGUUCGCAAAAAUGGCGCCAAAGGCGAACUGGACGCCAAGAUCGUCUCACCGAGUGGCACCGAAGACGAUUGCUUCAUUCAGUCCAUCGACUCGGACACCUACUCCGUCAGGUUCCUGGCUCGCGAGAACGGCAUCCAUAAUAUCCAUGUCAAAUUCAACGGAGUUCAUAUAAACGGCAGUCCUUUCCGCAUCAAAGUCGGCAAAGUAGACGCCGAUCCGGCCGCUCUUCAUGCAUAUGGGAAUGGCCUUAAGGAGAUCAAGACGGGUCAGAAGACGGACUUCAUCGUCGAUACUUGCAACGCCGGAGCUGGUGCUCUAGGAGUGACAGUCGAUGGUCCCAGCAAGGUUGCCAUGGACUGUACAGAGGUCGAAGAAGGCUAUAAGGUCAGGUACACGCCUCUGGUCCCUGGGGAUUACUACAUCAGCAUUAAAUACAAUGGAUACCACAUUGCUGGCUCGCCCUUCAAGGUUCCCUGCACAGGUCCGGAUCUAGCAGAGAGAGGUGCUCAAGAGACCAGCUCCGUGGUCGUGGAAACCGUUCAGAAGAUCUCGAAGGCGAAGCAGACCGGUCCUAUUCUUCCGCUGUUUAAGUCCGAUGCCAGCAAAGUUACCAGCAAGGGCAUGGGCUUGAAGAAAGCUUACCUCGGCAAACAAAAUGUAUUCAACGUUACCGCCACUGACGCGGGAAACAACAUCUUAUACGUUGGAGUACACGGUCCGAAAGGACCCUGCGACGAGGUGUACGUGAAGCACACGGGUCGCAACGUUUACAAUGUAAGUUACCUCCCUCGCGAGCGAGGGGAGUACAUCGUGAUCGUGAAAUGGGGCGACGACCACAUCCCGGGAUCGCCGUACAAAGUCGAAGUGUAAAUCGUCCUCGAAAAGGAAUCAAAAGCCGCGAUCGCCGUCGAUCCCAGCUCGCGGUGCGUCCGUCUCACCAAGAAGAGAUCUUCCCGUCGACGAAUGUCCUCGACUCGGCCCCGAAGACGUUGACGUCGUCGGUGCGAGCCCUCGGAUUUCGUCAGAAACGUUAGAAAUGCAAACGAUCUCGACGUUGCUCUCUGCAGCCUCUUCUCUGCCAUGAAAAGGAGAAGAAACCCGGCGUGUCCAUCCACGGCUCUCGAUGUCUGUUUGUCGAGUUCUCUACCUGCACCUCUCUGCAAUCCCCCGCUGAAAAGGAAGAAUAUUAUCGAGUCAAUUAAACCGAUCAUCACGACCGAAUUAUUAACCAUUAUUUAUAUGGACGGGGGAAUUUCAAUUUGAACCGAGUUUCAUUUUAUGUACGCGAAUGAAGUUUGAAUUUAAUCCGACGACUGGCCGAUUUGGUAGUAUUCUUCAUUUUCGGUACAUAAUUAUUUUCUUUUCGGCUACGAUUUUCCCCUAUUUUCCGGAAACCGUAAAGAUCGUUUUAGGGAUGUGUAAUCUUUACAUUAUUUUUACCUGCAUACAAUGGAUAAUCUUAGUCCUUCUAACCAUUGAGCUUGAAGACAUUGUGCCGAUUGUACGAUGCUGAAUAGAUACAUAUAUUACCUUGAAAUUGCAUCGUGUUUCUGACUGUUAAGUUACCGCAAGUGUGAAUAUUCCAGGUAAGGAAUGUGACGUAUAAAGCUAUACAAGUAGAUUUCAUUUACGCGCUUGAUUUUCUCGUUAUUUUUAGGGAUUGCAGAAUUUAGAAAAUCAAAGCCCGGUCAUGUCGCUUGGGUCAGGUAGUAACGUUGACGGUGCACUAUCGAGGCACGAGAGAACAUUUCGACGUUAAUCGUAAAUAAUUAAGGCGAUCAGACAAGAAUCGGAUUACACGGAAAUCGAGAGAGUGGACGGAGCAAAGGGCGCGCGCGGCUCAUCAACUCAUUCGCGUAACCGACGUGCCUUCGAUAUUAUUUUAAUAUAAAUUUCAGACGUGUCAUGUCAUAUGAAUCGAGUCCCUAAAUGUAUUACAUUGCAUUACAAUUAUUAUGUUAUCGAUUAUGUAUAGAGUAAAUAUAUAUUACACAUUGUCUAUUAUACAUUGAUAUAGAAAUAAAACAAACUAAUAUAUUUAUUAAUACACUCUCCA